UAAUUGUCUUGAAUUGAAGAAAGAAACGGAAAUUAAAAUUCAGACACUAACAUCAGAUCACAAAUCUAAGGUCAAAGAGAUUGUGGCACAGCACACUAAGGAGUGGUCCGAGAUGAUCAAUACGCACAGUGCCGAAGAGCAAGAAAUCCGUGAUUUACACUUGAACCAACAGUGUGAACUACUGAAGAAACUGCUGAUUAAUGCUCAUGAACAGCAAACCCAGCAACUAAAAUUUUCACAUGACAGGGAAAGCAAGGAAAUGCGUGCCAACCAGGCUAAAAUAUCUAUGGAGAACAGCAAAGCCAUAAGCCAAGACAAAUCUAUCAAAAAUAAAGCUGAAAGAGAGAGGCGAGUCAGAGAACUGAACAGCAGCAACACAAAAAAGUUCCUGGAAGAGAGAAAAAGGCUGGCAAUGAAGCAGUCAAAGGAAAUGGAUCAGUUGAAAAAAGUUCAGCUUGAGCACUUAGAAGUUUUGGAGAAGCAGAAUGAGCAGCUUUUGAAAUCCUGUCAUGCAGUGUCUCAAACACAAGGCAAAGGAGAUGCAGCAGAUGGUGAAGCUGGAAGCAGAGAUGGAUCGCAGGCCAGCAACAGUGGUCUAAAGCCUCAACAAGCAAAUUGAAGUUGGAGAACACAGCAUCCUUAAAAUGAGAGCAAAAUUCAAAAUAAUGUUGUUGAGGUUGAAAAGUGGGCUUUUUUGCCUUUUGGGGGGCGGGGCAGAGGGGGGGUGGUUUGGUUUUUUUUGUUUUUUAAUAUAUAAAGUGUAGCUACAGACCGCCAAGUCUUAAGGUUUGCAUUAUUUCUUUUUUAACACUGGGCACUGAAUUUUCUGUGUUGGAUUUCCAUGAUAAGAAUUUCCUUUGUUCAGAAAAACACUAAUCAGAAGAUGAAGACAGUUUUUAAACCCAGUCCUGUAUUCCUUUCUGUAUCUCAACAGGCAGCUUGCCUGCAUCAGAAUUACACAAUCAGAGCCUUGAAACACAACAGGUAUUUUUAACAUCAUCUCAAAUGGCAACAAAACUGUAGUCAAGUCAUGUUAUUUACCGUUUGUAUUCUCAUGUGUGAUAUAUUGCGUAGAAACCCCCUGCUGCCAGAUCCUGACAAGCAACAACUCGUCAGAUGUCAUCGAGCCCCCCGAACUGGAUCUUCUGCUAAGUCACCAUAAUAAUCAGUAUAGUGAGGAGUUGAGUUUGGGCAAUUUUAAACUACAUUGCAAAGUAUUUUUCAGGCAGCAGACAGUAGGCAGUUGCAAGUUAACUGCAUAUAUUCAAAAGUACAAUAUGUACGAAGUCAUCGGCCAAAUUCAUCAACUGUAACAGUAACUUGACAGGAUAUUUCCACAGUCCAAUGAUGUCAUUCACAAGUGCCAUAUCAACUCUAUCAUGUCUGAAAGAAGCUGAUAUCCUGUAAAAGUUACUGCAAUGGUUAGCGUGAGGGAAAUACAGUGUAUUUGUGCCAAAACUGAUCAGUGCUCUAAGGAAUUACGUAUUAGGCACUUUAAGAAAAGUUUACAUCCUACAUUGCUUGUAUAGAAAUUGCAUUUUGAUCCUGCUGCGGCAGAUCCCUGAUAUUACAGUUCAUUGUAACUUAAAGAUUGUUUAAAUGGCUUUUGGCAAAAAGUUUGUAACUGUGAAAAUGUAAAAAGUAUUUAUACACUUCAGAAUCAUAACAUUGUAGAAAAUCACAUACAUGUUGCCACGUGAUAAAAUUAGUAAACAGAAAUGCGAAGAGUAUGUUUGCAUGUGAUACAAAUGCUACUAAGACUGUAAUGCCUCCUAUAUGACCACAGUCAUUCUACUAGCUGGUAAAUACUGAAUAAAUGUAUGGCACAGAGUAUUGUUUGAUUAAUUACAAAGACUUUUAGCAUAACAAGGUCUCUAUAUAUAUGUGUGUAUAUCAAUUACGUGGGCAUUCUUGAUACUUGUAGUAAAAGAAAAGUACAUAACUAAUUUAAUUUUACACAAAAGUAUUUAUGCAGAUUUUCAGAAUUUCAUAUCAGGAAUAACCUUUUUAUGUCCAUCAGAUACAAAACCAAUUUGCUAAUGUGUUAAUUUGCAUGCUUCCAGCACUUGCUGUAGUUAUAUUGCAAAACAAUGCAUGUAAGCAUUCCGCUUGGAAUUUGUCCAUGCUGCCAAUUCAAAGAUGACUGCAUGGAAAACUGGUAGUUUAGAACAAAUCAGAUUCCUGAUUUCAAUGUACUAAGCACCAAUUACUUUGUUGUAUAUGCUUGUACAAACAAAUUCUACAUAUCCCUAUAAACAAAAUAAAUGAAGAGAGAUAAUUAUGUUACUGUCAGUCCUGAGAUGAAACUUUCAACUUCUCUAAUAAAAACCUUAAAAAUUCAAAA